CUUGGGAUGUUUUUACUUUUGAAAACUAUUCGAAACGAAGAAGAACGAAAUAAUUAAAAUUAAUAUGUAGCAGGAAUGUUCAAUAGUUAUAAGCAUAUAAGUGAAAAUGCAGGCUUUAUCCAUGUAAAUAGUAUAAUUUGGAUUACUGCAAGAAAAAGAAACCAACAUAAAAACGAAAAUGUUUUUGAAGAACAAUAUACUCAAAGCUAUUACUUUAACGAACCCUGUUAAAUUACCAUUAUCAUACUGGCUGCUAGUAUUUCUUAGGUUUGGGCUAACACUUCUACCGCAGACGGGGUAUAUUCAUCCGGACGAGUUCUUUCAGAAUGUAGAAAUUAUUGCAGGCGACAUAUUCGGAGUCGAUGUGGCCAGAACUUGGGAAUUCAACCCCAAAUUUCCAAUCAGGAAUAUAUUUGUGCCGAAAAUGAUAUUCGGCCCCCCAUUUCAUUUUAUUAGAAUAGUUAACCCAUACACAAAAUACUAUUUCAGUCUAGACUUGAAAACACCCUACUUUCUACUAACUAUUCCAAGAAUCUUCAUUUGUUUUCUGUCAUUGAUCAAUGACUACUGCCUCUACAAGAUUUGCAUUCUGUAUGGUCAAAAUUUCAGAAACAGAUUAACAAUUUUCGCCAGCUCCUAUGUUGUUCUCGUUUACUGUUGUAGAAGCUUCUCUAAUUCAUUUGAAAUGAUAUUUUAUUCAAUUCUAUUAGGCCUAGUUGCCCAAUGUAUGUACAAAUCAGACAAAGUUAUCUACCAUGAUGAGUUUUUACAAGAUAAGUAUGACAAAGCUAAAACACCAGUGGAAAAGGUAAAAAUAUUUAAAUUAAAGACUCAUCUACCUGACCACUCUUUGAAUCAUGUGGUCAUUAUAUCUACAAUCAUUGCCAUAGGUAUUUUCAAUCGUCCAACAUUCUUAGGUUUUGCCUUUGCACCAGUAUUCUUUUGGUUGCACAGGGGGCUAGGUUCUAAGGUUGUAGGCUUCAAGGAUUUCCAUAUUCGCAUUAUUACUCUGGUUUUGUGUAGUGUGCCUAUUGUGUUAUUCUUGAUAUUAGUAGAUUCAGGUUACUAUGGAUACUUGACUAUGGCCGACGUUGACUCCUUAGCUAUAUCCUUGGACAACUGGGUAGUGACACCGCUCAAUUUCCUCCGGUACAAUUCAGACAUGGGCAACCUACACCAGCAUGGUCUGCAUCCACAUUGGCUGCAUCUCGUUGUUAACAUGCCCCUGCUAUUCAAUGUACUAGUACUAAUGGCUUAUGUGGUACUAAUCAUUCAUCUAUACAGGUUCAUCCGUGGUCAGUAUAGUAAGCUACCAAGGAUACAGAGCAUAACUGGCCUAAUGGUAUUCUCUCUGAUCACCCCAGUGGCUGUACUAUCACUGUUCCCUCAUCAGGAAGCCAGAUUCAUUAUUCCAGUUUUGGUGCCGCUAGUGUACCUGUAUGGAAAUUAUCUUUAUCCAAACGAAUGUGAUGGUCUAGCACUGAAAAGAUUUAAAAAUCUAUUUCGGUGCAUUUGGUACAUAAGCAAUAUAGUCCUAGCAGUAUUCUUUGGCUUUAUACACCAGGGAGGCAUUUAUCCAUUCGCGAAGGACUUGCAUAGUGAAAUCAAGAAUACAUAUGGUGUUAGGACCCACGUCAUCACCACUCAUAGCUACAGCAUUCCUACAUUUCUCCUUCAACUAGAAAGUACAACCAGAGUUUGGAAGGAUAGAAAAACGGGGCAUAACUAUAGACUAAUGCCGACAACCUUCUUGUACAAAUAUGGGUCUUUGCCAAUGGAGGAACUGUUUACGAAAGUGGACGAUAUUUUGACAGACUCUGAGAUGAAUUUGCAUAAAAAUAAUAAAAAGUACAGAUUUUAUAUCGCGGCACCCUGCUCGCUAGAUCGUAAAAUACGACAAGAAGCCAACAAGUUUUACUACAUAAGUGUAACAGAAGAUAGGACAUAUUAUCCACACUUUUGUUCUGAAGCCUUCCCGAAUUUCCCAGGGACUCAUGAUCAGUCCUGUGUAAAUCAACAUACUCUUUUAUUGAAUGAGUCUCAAGCGAUAGAUCUGAGCUUUUAUCAAAGAAUGUCGUGCUUUACAAAUAUGUUUUGUUUAAGAAUUUACAGUGUCAGACCAAAAGGCUUAAGUUAGGUAUAUUGUAGAUGAUUUAGGAAAGUAAGAAUCUUAUUAAUUAUAUUAAUCAGCGAUUCGGAAUUGAUCACUUUUGUAAUGGUUUAAAUGCAGAUUUCGUUUUUAAAAGAUCAUUCUUGAGUUCCGCCACUACACUGUGAUCACUCUCCAAAACCGCUACUGACUUAAGAUAAUAUAUUGUAAUUUGUAUAUUAUUAAGAUUUCUCAUUGCUAUUAAGUUUUUUAUCUUUAACGUUAUAUUAGAGAAUCGGCAAUCGCUCAUAGUUUUAUGUACAAAAUUAUAUUUAAUUUUUUAGGUAAUUAUUUUAGAUG